GCCCCCACUGAGCGUGCGCACACCGGCCGCUACAGCCCUCUGGGCUGCGGAGCCGGAGUUGGUCCCAAAGCGGAAGUGCUUCUCGGGGCCAGUUUUCGUAACGGUCUCCUCUGCAGCGAGCACAAAAUCUGUGUCGAGAGAGAGGUUGAGGGGGCGAGUAGUAGGGGUGAUGGGCUGAGUGAUGGGGAGUUCUGGGGGACGAAUGAAGCGGGUUUUGGGGGGGGUCACUGAUGUGGGAGGUUGUGGGGUGGACCGAGAGGUCAGCGAAUGAGGGUUUGUGGGCUCAAUGGUAGACAAAGUUAUGGGGCUAGUCGGGGUUGAAUGGGGCAUAUUAAACGUUGACUUUUACACAUUUUCCAGCACAGUGACCUGCGCUAAGGGUUCAUACGCACCCCUCAAGCUCCUCCUUAGGCGCCCCCGCCUCUCCCUCUGUUCCUCUCCCCUUGCCCGAGCCCCGAGGUAGGGGCCUUGUGUGAAUGCUCCAGCUGAAGUGAAUCUGCACCCGAAGGCUUCCUUUUGGCUCCUGGGCAAGACGUCCCCAGUGAGCUCAGGCUUCACACAUCUCUGUCUUUUCCCAAGAAGAGCAGGAAAUGGCCAAAGCCCAGGGACUCAUGACAUUUGAGGAUGUGGCUGUGGAUUUCACCCAGGAGGAGUGGCAAUACCUGAACCCUCCACAGAGGAACCUGUACAGAGAUGUGAUGCUGGAGACCUACAGCAACCUGGUCUCUGUGGCAGGGCAGCAGGUUACCAAACCAGAUCUCAUCCUUAAAUUGGAGGUAGAAGAGCCAUGCCUGCCAGAAGGAAAAAUCCCAAUUUGGAGCUUUCCAGAAGAAGCCUGCCAGGUUGAUGAACACUUUGAGAGACAGCAUCAGGAUGACCAAGAUAAAUAUCUGAUGCAAGUUGGAUUCCCUGACAGGAAAACAAUUACCACCAAGAGUGGCCUUGACUAUAAUGAAUUCGGAAACAUACUUCAUCUGAAUACAAACCUUGUUGCUUCAAUACAAAGGCCCCAUAAAUUUGAGUCCUUUGGAUAUAAUAUGGUAGAUAAUUUAGACUUAUUUAGUAGAAGCUCUGCAGGAAAGAAGCAUGAUAAUGAAUGUGCAAAGUUAUUCUUCCAUACUGAGUAUGAGAAAACAACUCCUGGAGUAAAACCCUAUGGAUAUAAAGAGUGUGGGAAGACCCUCAGGCAAAAGAAAGGUCUUAGUCUACAUCAGAGAAUUAAAAAUGGAGAGAAACCCUUUGAAUGUACUGCAUGUAGGAAAACCUUCAGCAAGAAGUCACACCUCAUUGUGCAUUGGAGGACUCAUACAGGAGAGAAACCCUUUGGAUGUACAGAAUGUGGAAAAGCCUUUAGCCAAAAAUCUCAGCUCAUUAUACACCUGAGAACUCAUACAGGAGAGAGACCCUUUGAGUGUCCAGAAUGUGGAAAAGCCUUCAGAGAAAAGUCAACUGUCAUUAUACAUUACAGGACUCAUACAGGAGAGAAACCUUAUGAAUGUAAUGAAUGUGGAAAAGCCUUCACUCAGAAGUCAAACCUCAUUGUCCAUCAGAAAACCCACACAGGAGAAAAAACUUAUGAAUGCACCAAAUGUGGGGAAUCUUUCAUACAGAAGCUUGAUCUAAUUAUACAUCAUAGUACUCAUACAGGAAAGAAACCCCAUGAAUGUAAUGAGUGUAAGAAAACUUUCAGUGAUAAGUCAACUCUCAUUAUACAUCAAAGAACUCAUACGGGAGAGAAACCUCAUAAAUGUACGGAAUGUGGGAAGUCUUUCAACGAGAAGUCAACCCUCAUUGUGCAUCAGCGAACUCAUACAGGAGAGAAACCCUAUGAAUGUGAUGUGUGUGGGAAAACCUUCACCCAAAAGUCAAACCUUGGUGUACAUCAAAGAACUCAUUCAGGAGAGAAACCCUUUGAAUGUAAUGAAUGUGAGAAAGCAUUCUCUCAGAAAUCCUAUCUCAUGCUACACCAGAGAGGUCAUACAGGAGAGAAGCCCUAUGAAUGCAAUGAAUGUGAAAAAGCAUUUUCCCAGAAGUCAUAUCUCAUUAUACAUCAAAGAACGCAUACAGAAGAAAAACCCUAUAAAUGUAAUGAAUGUGGCAAAGCCUUCAGAGAAAAGUCGAAGCUCAUUAUACAUCAGAGAAUCCAUACAGGAGAGAAGCCCUAUGAAUGUCCUGUAUGUUGGAAAGCUUUCAGCCAGAAGUCACAGCUCAUAAUACAUCAGCGAACACACACAGGAGAGAAACCCUAUGCGUGCACUGAGUGUGGCAAAGCUUUCAGAGAAAAAUCAACAUUCACUGUACAUCAGAGAACUCAUACUGGAGAGAAACCCUAUAAGUGUACAGAAUGUGGGAAAGCCUUUACUCAAAAGUCAAAUCUUAUUGUACAUCAGAGAACACAUACAGGAAAGAAAGCCCAUGGGAAAGGCCAUACCCGGAAGUCUAAGCUCAUUGCACAUUAGAGAGUCAACAAUGCAGUUAUCUUCACUGAAGGAAAGUUUUGUCAGUUUAAGUAAACAUUUUAAAAGUAUGUUCUGACUUCUGGUUUAAAUAUGGGGAGUAAAGUCAGCCUUUUUUUCUUUCCAUCUCAGUCUUCGCCCAAAACUACUAGGAGAAAAAGAAGUGGACGUGUAAUCUCUGUAUCUGACAAAAUUAGGAGAUCGCUGAAACCCUGAUGAGAGGGCUGCCAGAGGCAGAGGAAAUCAAGCACCAGUGCAAGGAGAUUUCAAAGGCUAGAGAGGAGUGGUCAAGGCUGCAGAUGUGAGAUAGCACUGGUAAGGACUGUUAGCCAAGUUUUAGGCUGAGUGCAAGACCAAAUAGAUACAUAACAAUGGUAACAGAGAGCAUGGGCAGGUGGGACGUUUCCUAGACCCAUUUGGAGUCUCAGGAGAGACAGGCAGGGGCCUCAACAAGGAAUUGCUCAGACAAGCCAUAUUUGCAGAAAGUAGUCUAUACUCAUGAGAGGAGCAGUUGGCAGGGGCUGGGGAAAGAGAAGGGAGUGUUCUUGUGAAGAACCCAACAGCUGCCCCUAUUUACUGACUCUGGAAAGUCAAGUCUGAAAAACCUACCAAAUGCAAAAGUAAUUCCAGUUAGAAAAUCUCUGAUCUGCCUAGAAUGUGGCCCCAUUUCUUCCCUUACAUGAACUUCCAGCAAACAACAAGUCCAGGAAAAACUCUUAUUCAAUGAGGAAUGAUUCCAAGGCAAUCAAAACCAUAAAUGUACAUGGCUUUUGAGCCAGCAAUUCCACUUCUAGGAAUGUAUAUACUCAUGCAUGUACAAAAUGAUGAACACACAGAGGUAUUCAGUGAUGCACUGUUUGUGAAAACAAAAGAUUGGAAGCUUUCCACAUGGCUCCUGAAAUCAUGGAAUGUUCGCACAGCAACCUUUUAGGUAGACAAAAAAAAAAAAAAAUGGAUAAAGAGAACUUGGACAACAUUUGUGUAGUGAUGUGGGAUGACCUCCAAUAUACAUUAUUAGAAAAGCAAGGUGCAGGAUACUGAGGAUAAUAUGCUACCAUUUGUAAGUAAAAAGGAGAACGAAUGGUGAAUACAUAAUUGAGCGUAUAUGCAUAAACUAUCUCUGGAAAGAUAUACGAGAAGCUGGGAACCCUGAUUACCUCUGGGAAAGGGAAGGGGAAGUGGGUGGCUGGAGGGAAGGAAUGGGAGGGAGACAACUGUAUAUCCUUUCAGAACUUUUGAAAAUUGUACUACGUGGAUGUACUACCUUUUCAAAAAAUAAAACUUUUUAAAAAGC